AUGUCAGAGAAAAGGGUCAUAGCAAUAUGUAUAUCCGGCGGAGAAUUUCAGACGGAGAAAGGCGGAGUUUUGUCUUACAAAGGCGGCGAAGCUCACGCCAUAGACGUAGACGAAGAGAUGAAAUUCAAAGACUUCACCUCAGAGAUUGGUGAGGUCUUCAACUGCGACGUAAGGACAGUUUGUCUCAAAUACUUCCUCCCUGACAACAGAAAAACUCUCAUCUCCAUCUCCAACGAUAAAGACUUGCAACGGAUGAUCAAGUUUCACGAGCACUCAAACACCGCCGACGUCUAUCUCUUACCUGAAGAAGCUCCUCCUGACAUUGCUUCCAGAUCUAGCAGAACGACAUUAUCCGAAGCCAUUCCUCCAGCUCCUCUUGACGACAUGAUAGAUGACACAACGGGACCAGAGGAUCAUCAUCUCCCCCUCUCAGUCUCAGUCUCAGCUCCUCCCGUUGUAACAAUGGAGCAAGUCGAUGCUUUAGACUCACAGGUUAUGAUAACUCCACCGGAUAUGAUGUCCUCCAUCAUCGAAGUCCCGAAUCCGAAAGGAGACAUCCUCACAAAGGCGAGAACGCAGCAAUGGCAGAACACAAUCACAGGCGUUGGACAGAGGUUUAAAAACGUAGGCGAGUUCCGUGAAGCUCUCCGCAAGUACGCUAUAGCGAAUCAGUUUGGAUUCCGUUACAAGAAGAACGAUAGCCACCGAGUGACGGUUAAAUGCAAAGCCGAAGGAUGUCCCUGGAGGAUCCACGCCUCGAGGCUAUCGACGACGCAGCUGAUCUGUAUCAAGAAAAUGAAUCCGUCGCAUACUUGUGAAGGCGCAGGAGGGAUCAACGGUCUCCAGACGAGUAGGAGCUGGGUUGCGAGCAUUAUAAAGGAGAAGCUGAAAGUGUUUCCGAACUACAAACCGAAAGAUAUCGUCAGCGACAUUAAAGAAGAGUAUGGGAUUCAGCUUAACUACUUUCAAGCUUGGCGUGGUAAAGAGAUUGCUAGAGAGCAGCUUCAAGGAUCGUACAAGGACGGUUACAAGCAGCUUCCUUUGUUCUGCGAGAAGAUCAUGGAGACGAAUCCGGGAAGCCUCGCGACGUUCACGACCAAGGAGGACUCGAGCUUCCACCGUGUCUUCGUUUCGUUUCACGCCUCGGUUUACGGCUUCCUCGUCGGAUGUCGACCGUUGGUGUUUCUCGACAGCAUGCCUUUGAAGUCGAAGUAUCAGGGGACGUUGUUGGCUGCGACUUCUGUUGACGGGGACGACGAAGUGUUUCCCAUGGCGUUCGCUGUGGUUGAUGCGGAGACGGAUGAGAACUGGGAAUGGUUCUUGCUUCAGCUGAGAUCAGCUCUCUCGAUCACGUUCGAGCAACAGAAGGAACAUCUUCACGAGCCUUGCCGGAUCACUUUCGUCGCGGAUCGGCAGAAGAACCUCUCGGAGUCGAUCCCGAGAGUGUUCGAGGGCUCGUUCCACGCCUACUGCUUGCGUUACCUGACGGAGGAGCUCAUCAGAGACUUGAAAGGACCCUUCUCUCACGAGAUCAAGCGGCUGAUCGUCGACGACUUUUACGCGGCGGCUUAUGCUCCGAGGCUGGACGCGUUCGAGAGGCACGUCGAGAACAUCAAGGGACUCUCGCCGGACGCUUACAAUUGGAUCGUGCAGAACAGCAAACCGGACCAGUGGGCAAACGCUUACUUGCUCGGCUCUCGGUACAACCACAUGACGUCAAACUCCGGCGAGCCGUUCUUCAGCUGGGCCUCCGACGCCAACGAUCUUCCGAUCACUCAGAUGGUGGAUGUGAUCCGCGGGAAGAUCAUGGGGUUGAUCCAUGCGAGGAGGAUUAACGCAGCUGAGGCUAACGGAAGACUGACUCCUUCCAUGGAGGUGAAGCUAGCGAAAGAGUGCGAGAAAGCGCAGAGCCUCCACGUGGCGACGUCGGCGGAUAACAACACGUUUCACGUCCGUGGAGAGACGUUUGAGAUCGUGGACAUGGCGCAGUGGGAGUGUAGCUGCAGAGGCUGGCAGUUAACGGGCUUGCCGUGUCAGCACGCCGUCGCGGUGCUCACAUGUAACGGACAUUGCAUUUACGAUUUCUGUUUGAGGUAUUUCACUCCUGAGAGCUACAGGGCGACUUACUCGCUGUCGAUAAAUCCUGUUCCGUUGCUGGAAGGAGAGAUGUGUAGAGAGAGCUCCGGGGGUUCUGCGGUGACGGUUACUCCUCCGCCGACGAGGAGACCACCGGGGAGGCCGCCGAAAAAGAAAACGGCCGCGGAGGAGGUGAUGAAGCGGCAGCUGCAAUGUAGUAGGUGCAAGGGACUUGGUCACAACAAGUCCACUUGUAAAGAAUAUCUUCUUGAAUGCUAG